UCUGGUUGCCUCAGGGUGUGUACUCGCCGAGAAGGAGAAGGAAGUACACGGGCAGACAGAGAACCCGGCCUUGAUGCGUCCAGUAUAUAAACUCCGGCAUCACCCAAGUCCAUCAGGUCUCGUACACUGUUUGCAGACUAGCUCUCUCAUCUCACAUCAUGAAGGUCUUGAUUGCUUUGUGCGCCGUAGUGGCUUGCGCCGUGGCUGGUGCUGUGCCGGUCUACCCCUACGCCGCUGCCGGAGUCUACCCAUACACGGCUGGAGUCUAUCCCUACUCGGCCUACCCCUACUCUGCCUACCCUUACUCGGCCUACUCGCACGGAGCCUACCCCUAUGCCGCCCCCUGGGCCUACAAGUCCUACGCUCUUCCCGUCGUCACCCCAUCCGGAUACUUGGCUGACACCCCCGAGGUGGCCGCCGCCAAGGUAGCCCACUUCGCCGAGCACGCCGCCGCCCACGCCCGUGGCAAGAGGUCGGUCACCCCCGUCAUCACCCCUGCCGCCACCACCCCCCUGCUCGCCGCCACCGCUCCCGUCCUCUCCUACGCUGCCGCCCCCGCCGUCUACCCCUACUCCGCCUACGCCGCUCACUACGCUCCAUCCAUCUACAGCGCCGCCCCCGCCGUCUAUGGCGCUCACCUCGCCGCCCCCGCUGUCUACUCGGCCCCCGUCGUGCCUGCCGUCGCACCCGCCGUCCGCGCCGCUACCCUCACCACCAUCGUCAACACCCCCGGACACGCCGUCUCCUACAGAGUCGACUAGAUCUGCACUCAACAGAAUAGCCAGAGCCGAUGAGACCCCGGUUGGGCAUUUCACAACACUAGUCCACAACACUAUUCCAUAACAACUAUAAUGCAAUUCAUUGCAUGAGGUUUUCAAAAUUGCUCAAUAUUAAAUUCAAUAGAAACCGUAUAGAGAAUAAAUUCUAGUAACAAAUUAUUUCAACUACAAA